AUGGGGAUCGAUUGGGCUUGGUUGAGGUAUGCCAGACUGCCGAACAUUUCAUUGCUCUCCGCCGUGGUUCGAACGCGCCCCAUCCCUUCCAUAUCACUCCUUCCAUACCUCUCCUCAGGUAGCAGCCUGCACCUCACGCCACCCCAAAGAGAUCCGAUGCAGGCACCUUCCUAUCCGUCAACCCAGCAGCGUAAAACUCGAUCCCAGCGGAAACAGAGGCUUCCUCAGCGCAACAGCGUCAACGCACCCAUUGAACCCAGUCCCCUACAAAAUAUCUCACGCCUCCCCACAACAACGCGCAGCCGAGAGAGUGCGAGGGGGGUCGUUAACGGGAUCGCGGCAUACGGGCGUAGCGUCUGCUUCGAGGAGGCGUGGGGUGGGGUGGGGUGCGCAGAUGAGACCGAGACUGAUGUUCACAAAUCCCGUUCAGGAGAGGAUAUCACCUCCCAAGGCUGGGUUGAUGGGGGCAAGGGCUGCAGCAGAGAGAAUUUGCCUUUCUGGUCUUUGCGUUGUCCGUCGAGGACGCUGGUGGGGACGAACGUCGUAGAUCUUUUGAAGGAUGAAGGAGGCUACACCGUCGCCUACGAGGAUGCCGAUCUAGGUGUCUCCCAUUUGGAGGGGUUUGAAGGUCGAGACGAUGUCGUUGACGUUGAUGCCGGCGUUGUUGAGGGCUAG